AUGCACUCACCAAAUGAAACAAACACUGCAAACAAAGCAGCGUCUGCACCGAGCGCAGACAUUAAUUUAGGCGAGGUCUACUCCGUGACACAGUCUGGCGUUGAAAAGUCGCCGCUUGGUCAUAACGGUCAGCACCAUGAUGUGGCCUAUGACAUGUUCGAAGAGUCGCUGCGAAUGGAUCCAGCCGAGCGGGAUGUCCUCGCCAAGCGUGUGCUGCUCAAGCUGGACCUGAUUGUCCUGCCCAUGAUGUGUAUCGUGUACUUUUUCAGCUUUCUGGACAAGAGCACGCUGAACUAUGCCAACGCGUACGGACUUACCACGGACUUGGGGCUGAAGGGUAACCAAUACUCCUGGAUUGCGUCAAUCACCAAUUUUGGAUACCUUUUCGGCGCCUACCCAAUGUCUAUCGGUCUACAGAAAUUCUCAAUUGGCCGCUUCAUUGGCAGUUCUGUGGCCGUGUGGGGUAUCGUUCUCUCGCUCACGACACUCGCCAAAACUUUUGCCGGCAUGAUGGCGCUACGCUUUGUGUUGGGUUGUGCCGAGGCCGGUAUCGGGUCGGCAUGGAUGCUAAUCACAGCCAUGUUCUGGACCAAAGCGGAAAUGCCGCUGCGCAUGUCCUUUUGGCUCGGGUGCAACGGCCUCUCACAGCUCAUCGGUGCCGGCAUCUCCUGGGGUCUGGGCCAUACGCACAACCCGCACAUCACACCUUGGCAGCUCAUCUUCAUGGUCGUCGGUCUCGGUAGCUUCGUUGCAGGUAUUGUGUGCUUCGUUUUCAUGCCCUCCUCGCCGAAACAAGCUCUCUUCUUCUCUCACGAAGAGGCCAUCGUGGCCGUCUGGCGUGUGCGCAGCAACCGUACGGGCAUAAAGCACCACACCAUCCUCUGGUACCAGGUGCGCGAGGCUGUGUGCGACCCCAAGAUCUACCUUUCUGUGGUGUGUGGCCUGUCACUGGGCCUCAUCAAUGGCGCCGUGUCCAACUUUCUGACUACGUUGCUAAAGAGCUUUGGAUAUGGUGCCCUCAAGAGCGUUCUGUACCAAAUGCCGGGUGGUGCCUUUCAGUUUAUCACCAUCAUCAGCGGCGGCUGGAUCACAACACACGUGCCAAACACGCUGGUGCUCGUCACUGCCUUAGCUUACGUGCCCGGGUUGGGUGGUCUCAUUGGCAUCUUGACUAUCCCACUAAGCAAACCGCUGCAUCUGGCCGCCUGUGCUUGGAUGCUCCCCAUCACCGGACUGGCAAUUAUCUUGACCUGGACCAUCGUCGCCGCAAAUUUUGCUGGGCACACCAAGCGCACUUUUGCCAACGGAGCCCAGUUCACUGCGUAUGCCGCUGGUAACAUCAUCUCGCCCUUCUUCUUUUUCCCCUCUGAGGCGCCGCGCUACCCCACUGCCAUUCGUGCUCUUUGUGCGAUCUAUGGCGUUGGAAUUUUCUCAACUAUACUGCUUGGCAUAUAUAUGUGGCGGCAGAACGUGCGACGCGCCACACUUCCUAUAUCGGAGGAACUUGUAAACGAGGCCGGCUUUGCCGACUACACGGACUAUGAAAACAAAGGGUUCCAAUAUAAAAUCUAA